AUGCUCAACCAAAUAUCACCGAAAGGGCCUGAUCCAGUAACGUACUCAUGGUUUCUCUGUGGUUCUCCAUGGCCAGUCAUUGCAAUCACCCUCGGCUAUGUCAUCUCUGUCCCAUUAGGGAAAAAAUGGAUGGCCAAUCGUGCGGUGCCAUUCAAUAUGCGAUCAAUUAUUGUCCUAUAUAAUUUAAUCGCCGUUAUUGUUAAUGCUUACGUCGUAGUAUUAGCAGUCGAAACGUUAACUUUGAAACCGUAUCGCAUCUAUUGCCAACGUGUCAUGCACAACAAAGAAGAUCUUCCGUUAUCCAAGGCAGUUUGGUGGUAUUAUAUCUCGAAAGCAUUUGAAUUUUGGGAUACAUGGUUCUUUAUUUUGAAUAAGAAAUUCUCUCAUAUUAGUGUCCUGCAUGUUUAUCAUCAUGCGACAAUGUUUCCCAUUUGGUAUCUGGCAACACGUUAUACACCUGGCGGUGAAGUGGCAUUACCCGUAAUUGUUAAUGCUUGUGUGCAUGUUGUUAUGUAUUCUUAUUAUGGCUUAGCUGCUAUGGGUAUUCAACGUAACCAAUUAGCUCGAGUUAAACUUUUCGUAACAGUUAUUCAGAUAAGUCAAUUUGUUGCUGCUGCGAUUGGAUGUAUGUUUCGUUUUCAUACGAUGUUCUUUAAAAAGGAUAAAGCAUGCUAUGAAUUUCCUGUUCUAUUUGUUUUAAUAUUUCUUGCGCAUUCGACCUCGUUGCUGUUUCUGUUUCUCAACUAUUUCUUUCAGGAGUAUGUUUGGAAACGCAAUUCGAAACAUCGUGAAUCAAGUUCGAAGAAGAAAAAUGGGUACAUUACAACUGACAAGCGUGACUAG